AUUUUAGCCCGUUAUUUUUAUCAAAGUUUUCCUUUGGCGCUUCGACUGCUCUCUCUCUUACUUCUUUCUCCCUCGAGAUUAGGGUUCUUGAUUCUCCCUCUAUUGUUGAAUCAAUCUGCCAAUUACUUGGCAGAGGACUCUCUGCUGUGAUUGACCCUCUCGCCAUCUUCAGCUGUGGCGUUUCAUUCAUUGCGGAACCUCGGUGGUUCUUAUCCGGCUCCUCAGCGCCAUCUCGUUUUCAUUACAAGCUUUGAAUUCAGCUUCUCUUCUCCGAUUGAUUGAUUGGUUGGCUGGAUAAACCCUAGACGUAUUUUUUUCCCGAAGCUUCUUCGUCUGAUUCUGUGGUGACCGAUGGCUACGCUAACAGAUACUUUCCUUGCAGACCUUGAAGAGUUAUCCGACAAUGAGCUUGAAACUAUCGAAGAAGAAGAAGAAGAAGAUGGCGAUGUGGCCAACAUGGAAGAAGAUACUGACGGGGAUUCGGCAGGCAUCGAAGCUCUCAAUUACGACGAUCUGGAUUCCGUGUCGAAACUCCAGAAGACACAGAGGUACAAUGAUAUCAUGCAUAAAGUAGAAGAAUCAAUGGUGAAAGAACCUUGUUCUUUCACCACAGUUGAGGGGAUGGUCUUGGAGGAUGAUCCUGAAUACCAGCUGAUUGUGGAUUGUAAUGCGUUGUCCGCGGACAUCGAGAAUGAGAUCGCUAUUAUCCGCGAUUUUAUUCGCGACAAGUAUAGGUUGAGGUUCCCUGAGCUGGAGUCACUUGUGCACCAUCCGAUUGACUAUGCUCGUGUGGUGAAGCGAAUUGCCAAUGAGUUGGAUUCGACACGCGUUGAUUUAGAAGGCAUUCUGCCCUCGGCUGUCAUUAUGGUUGUUUCAGUGACUGCAUCAACCACAAGUGGUAAACCUCUCCCCGAGGAUGUGCUCCAAGAGACUAUCGAGGCCUGCGAUCGAGCUCUCGCUCUGGAUUCUGCAAAGAAGGAGGUUCUCGAUUUUGUGGAGAGGAGAAUGGGGUACAUUGCACCAAAUCUUUCUGCUAUUGUUGGGAGUGCUGUGGCAGCAAAGCUAAUGGGCACCGCUGGUGGUCUCUCUUCGCUAGCCAAUAUGCCUGCUUGUAGUGUUCAACUUCUUGGAGCUACAAAGAAAAACCUCGUCGCAGGCUUUUCUACUGCUGCGACAUCUCAAUUUCGUGUGGGCUAUAUUGAGCAAGCCGAGAUAUUUCAGAGCACGCCGCCUUCGCUGAGAAUGCGUGCUUGCCGAUUGUUGGCUUCUAAAUCUACGCUUGCAGCCCGUGUAGAUUCCACCAGAGGUGACCCUUGUGGAAAUGUUGGAAGAAAACUGCGUGAAGAAGUUGGCAAGAAAAUUGAGAAGUGGCAAGAGCCUCCUCCUGCCAAGCAACCUAAGCCACUUCCAAUUCCUGAUUCCGGGCCUAAGAAAAAGAGAGGAGGGCGCCGUCUUAGGAAGAUGAAGGAGAGAUAUGCAGUGACAGACAUGCGCAAGCUUGCUGGCAGGAUGCCGUUUGGAGUUCCUGAAGAGAGUUCUCUAGGCGAUGGGUUAGGUGAAGGUAAUGGAAUGCUUGGUCAGGCUGGAAGUGGAAAGCUUCGAGUAGCAGCUGGGCAGAGCAAACUCGCCGCAAAAGUUGCUAAGAAAUUCAAGGUAAGGCAGUUUGGUAGAGGUGGUGCGACUUCAGGGCUGACGUCGAGCCUGGCAUUCACUCCAGUGCAGGGGAUCGAGCUGAGCAAUCCACAAGCUCGUGCACAUCAACUGGGCAGUGGAAUCCAAAGUACAUACUUCUCCGAGACUGGCACGUUUUCGAGGAUCCAGAGGACAUGACAUGCACAGAGGCGCUGGGUAUCAACGUUCAGAAUGUGAGAGGGAGGGAGAAAAGAAGCAAGCAAGAAGAAGAAUCAUGAACAUGGUCCAAAACCUUAUGGAUAGACUGAGACCUCUUGUGGGGUUUAAAGGCUGGGAUUUCUGUGUUCUCUGGAAGUUGAGUGAUGACCAAAGAAGGUAUCUAGAAUGGAUGGACUGCUGUUGUGGUGGGACAGAUCAUGAGGCAAUUCAAAAUGGUGGGGAAGAGCUUCAAUUCUCUGCUCUUUCUCCAACCCUUCCUUGUAGGGAUGGUAUCUUCCACCAUCCAAGAACCACUCCUUGUGAACUCCUUUCCCAACUUCCUACUACAUUGUCCCUCGACGAAUUCGGGAUUCAUGCAGAGGCUUUGAUCUCUAACGUUCCAAGGUGGUUGAACUUCUCCAACACUUCAGGCCCAACCCUUCUUGAGCAUUUGAAUCAUUAUGCGCAGGAAACUGUUGGAACUAGAGCUUUGAUUCCUGUACCAGGUGCCCUCAUAGAGCUAUUUGUUGCUAAACAAGUUCCUCAAGACCAGGAAGUGAUAGACAUUGUAACUUCACAAUACAGCAUUCUGAUGAGUCAUCAGGAAGCAAUGGCAUCAGCAAACUUCAUGAUGAACACUAAACAAAAUCACGAGCACCAGAAAGAUCAUGAUCAUGAUCAUCACCAAAUCAUCGACAUGAACCACUUCCAUCCACCGCCAAUCUCUCCAGCAACAGCAUUGGAGACCUUAAACCUGUCAUCAUCAGUUGAUAGAAUCCGCGGGCUGUGUAGUAGUAGCUCUCCCAUGAACUUGCUCCAGCACUUCAGCUACACCAAUGACGAUGACAACAGAACAACAAAGAGCAAUGGUGGCAUGUUCUUUGAAGGUGAAUAUCAGAAUUGUGGCGGUAUUAACAGUAAUGACUGCAACGACAGCAAUAAGGUUCAUCAAUAUCACCAGGAAGAAGCCGAGUUUGGUGAGUCAUUACUAGCAGGAAAGGAGCAAAAAGGGAACAACAAUAACAAUGACAAGGACUCAAUCAAGCAAGAUAUGAAUGGGAGAUCAGAUUCAGUCUCGGAUUGCAGUGAUCAGAAUGGUGAAGAUGAUCAGCACCAGCAGCAGUUUGGUGGUAGCAAGUUUAGGAGGAAGAAUGGGAAGCCUGAAGCCAAGAACCUUCAAGCUGAGAGAAGGAGAAGGAAGAGGCUUAAUGGGAGGCUCUAUGAUCUUAGAGCCUUGGUUCCCAUGAUCUCCGACCUGAAGAAGGCAUCUAUAAUUGGAGACGCAAUCGAGUUUGUAAAGGAGUUGAAGAGGCAAUCCAAGGAGCUUGAAGAAGAACUUGAAGCUAACUCAGAUGAUGAUGAGAUGUCAAGAAGAAACAACAGCUGCCACAACAACAACAUCAGCAGCAGUUUGGGUGCUCAAGUUGGAACGAGCGAGGCGGGAGAUGUUGGGAUUCCAAGCUUGGUGAAAGUAGUAGGGAAUCAGGAUUGGGAAACAAGCAACUGCAAUGAGAAAGGGCAGCAGCAUCAGCAGCAAAUGGAGGUGCAAGUGGAAGUGGCACAAAUUGAUGGGAAUGGUUUCUUUGUGAAGGUGUUCUGUGAGCACAGGCCAGGUGGGAUUGUGAGGUUGCUAGAGGCACUGGAUUCCCUUGGUCUAGAAGUCACCAAUGCCAAUGUGACCAGCUGCAAAUCCCUUGUCUCCAAUGUUUUCCGGGUUCAGAAGAAGGACAGUGAGAUGGUUCAAGCAGACUAUGUGAGGGAUUCUUUACUGGAGCUCACAAGAGAACCACCACCAAGAACAUGGAGUGAAGUUCACCAUCAUCAUCGGGUAAAUGGUGGCAAUUCUUCUGAGAAUGGCAAUGGGAUGAUAAUGGACCAUGAUCACUUCCUUCAUGAUCAUCAUCACAACCAAGUACUUGUACUGCAGAAUGGCGCCGGCCAUCUGAUGGACUCCAACCAGCAUUACCUCCACCUCCUCCACGGUUGAUCCAUGGUUCGAUGGUUAAGUUAGUUGACAGUUAAUUGUGACAAAAGUCCUUAAAGUUUUGGAUAAAUCAUAGAUAGAUCUAAAUGUGGCUAGUAGUACUCAUGACUUGUUCAAUUUUGGAACUAACAACUUUAGUUGCAGGAUUGAUCAUUAGAAACGAGUUUCUUUUUCACUUAUGACACAAAGUAAGCAAAUUUCUUGACAA